AUGAACGUGGUGCUUCAGACACACGGUGCUAAGCACAUAUACAAGGUACCAGAAGGGCUGAGAGAACUGUGUACCGAUAUCUCGCGAGAAGUAAGUAGUUUGCUAGAUUUAAUUAGGUUAACUUAUCGACGAGCAUAAAACUCGUGAAUUCGAUCAAUUUUCCUCGAUUUUCCUAUCCAUGAUUUCUGUUAAUAUUAACUGUUAAUAUCUGUUGUUGUUAACUUAAUAAUACUGGGAACAGGUUCUUCGCUCUCAGCCAGCUGAUCUAGUCCCAUUUAUCGCCGAAUACGUGGACACGCUUCUGAUCACGCGCGAGAACACGAAAGGCACGAAAGCUUCUCCUUAAAUUCUUCCUCGAUAUAUUUCUUUUUUUCUUUUAUUUACUACUAAUCCUUUUACUUUUGCCUCUUUUUGUUCUUUUAAUGUUCACGACACGAGUGGCCACACAAAAAGUUGAAAGUUCUAAUUUGCUUUUCAACAGUCGCGGUCAAAGUCGUGAACAACAUUCUGCUGGAGAGCCAAGCAAUCCUGAGCAUACUUUAUCGGGCCGGUUUCUCUUUGGAGCAGAUCACGGUCGCGGCCCCGCGGAUCCAAAUCCAACUUGUGACGAGAGAUCAACGAUAUCGAUUCGAGACAUUCUAGAAGCUACAGGGGCUACACGCGCAGAUGCGGAGCGUGCUGCCACAGUGAUACAAGCUGCAUUUCGGGGUCAUUACGAGAGGAUGGUCUCGAGCGAAGCUGAAGGGAAGAUUCAAUGGCAAAGAGCAGUAAUGAACACGUUGGCUAUCUUGAGAAAGGCCGGUGCAACGCAAGCGGAAAUCUCCAAAGCCGCAAGACUCGUGAAAUUGAACAAUUCGAUGUUCGCAGCGGAAGCGAGAGAGGAGCUCCUGAAGAAGGAUGAACGUAUACUGGAGCCUGUGGAGGCUGUUCAAGCAGUUGCUUGGAUGGAGAUGAUGUACAACGACUCCGGUUUAACGUUGGAAAAGGCCAACGAGGCUGCCUCGAUUAUCCAAAGAGCUUACAAAAGGUAUCACGCGAAAAAACGUCGCUACGACGUGCAACAAUUGGAGACGACGAAGACAAUGGUCACCGAAGCUGUCCUCGAUACGGUGCACCGCAAGAUUUUCGAAAAGGUCACUUCCCGCGACGAUAUCCCCGCGCAGUAUGGCACGCGGGAGGAAAUGAUGGCCGCGAGCACGAAGCUUCAGCUUGCUUUCAAAGAACAAAUGAGAAAGACGUAUUUAAUAAAAGAAGAGAGGAAUUUAAGAUGUUUAGUUAGAACAGACGUAAAGGAAGUCGCGCCCACGGAACCUUUGCCUAAACCUAAAUAUCGCCCAGUAGAACUAAAGGUUCUACCAUCUGAAACGGAAGAGCCAUCAACAGAAGAAGAGAUGGAAGUGACAGAAACUGAAAUUACGGAGCCGUUGACCACGAGGCCGGAGUUACAAUCGGAAAUAGAUCGUCCAGAACUUAGGAAGAAAGAGGGACGGAGGAAGAGCAGAAAGAAGAAGAGUAGAAGUAUUAGAAAAGGAACAAAAAGCAGGGAUGGCGGAAGAGGAGAAAAAGAGACAGAAGAGAAGCCAAAUGAUGCCCAAGAGGCUGGCGGUACAGCGCACGUUGUAGCAGAAUGA